GGUCCAAAUAACCAUGAGCCCUAUGUGCUAGUGGGAUACUGCCAGUAUAAAAUUUAAUCGUUCAUUUCAAUAUAUAUCUGCUCUUGACUCAUCGAAUCCUCUCGACGACAGCCUCGCGGCCCUCACCAUCUUCAUCAAUUCUACUCUUGAACAAUGGUUACUGACCAUGUUGUAGAAACUGAAGAUGUUGAUGUGAAUUCUUAUUGUUUGGCAUUUUGUUGUACAGAAACUUACCUCUUUCUGACAACAUUUAUGGCCUACGAUAUGGCAGAGCUGGAUGAACUUUCGGAGCAAUCAGAAGCGCAAUGGGAUGCGCCGUAAAAUGCUCGAGAAACCGUAGAAAGUCAUAACGAAAGCACAGAAAAGAUUGUUUGAGUCACAAUCGCCAGCAGAUUGAAAAAGAAAGCCGAUAGUGGCAUCUUCCGCAAUCUCAAAUUUAUGAUAUCACCAUUUCAUCUUCGGCGACCAUUCAACUCGAGACUUUAUCACUCGUACAACUAUCACAAAAGCGACCAAAAAUGGAGAGCGUCAAACGCACGACGAGAAAGCGACAGCAUAUAGUGGGUGGAGGAACAAGACGACUGUUCAACAAAAAACCAAGAAGAGACGUCAACUAUCCAAAAAAGAGGAACGACUGGGGUCUUCUCGCUCUGCAUCCGAAGAUGGACUUGAUCAUUCCCAAAUCUUCCUUCGCAAGUUUGGCAAGAGAGAUUGUGGAGGAUAUCAAACCUGGAGAAAAUUAUCGGAUUGAUGAUCCUACCUUGCUUUCUUUGCAGGAAUGCGCUGAAGCUCAUAUUGUUCAGGAAUUCGAAAUGGCCACCAUAUUCACCAACCGCGCGAGUAGGGCGACGAUUCAAUUGGAAGAUAUGAAAGAUGCAAAGUUCAUCGGAGAUUUACGAGACGGACUGGCAGUUCAACUGGAGGAUGUUAAAGGCACAGAGAAUAUGAAGAGAAUGGAAGCUAUCAAGGAGUCAAGCUGAUGAGGAAUUCUUGGAGAAUUUUCUGCAGGUUGGUACUUUCUGAUAUAUGACGCAGAAGUAAGGCUUCUAGUGUCAGGGGAAAAAACAGAGAGUUACAUAGUUACAGAUAUUCUGAGUCUACCUGCCUUGAUAGAUGAAGGUGUUCUAUUCACUUUGGACCCUUCAUUCUCAUGCAAAAAGGGCUGGAGUAAUCAUAGCUAUAUUAGGUGUACUUUUGCCUUCAACAAACAUACCAGUAACUGAAAUCAGUAUUUAAACCCACAUAACUUCUGGUGUAAUUGUCA